CAUACGUCGUCAUCACGUCGUGUCAUUUCAGCGCGAAAACAGCGGCGUGCCUCUUCUUCUUCGUUGGAUAACUCCUCGUCCGGGGCAUCAUGGGAUAGUGAAGCGUCCAUCGUAUGCACACUGCAAAAUCUAACCGGAAGUAGUAGGUCAUCCGGGUACUUUUCGCAUACUGUUUUUCGAAUACUAUGUAUUCGGACAUACUACUCGCCUCGCCUACUGCUUUUCGCGUACUAUAUAGUAUGUAGUAGGCGGUUUCGGACGCAGCAGUGGUCAAUAGAACGAGAGGCAUCUAGCUGCAGCCCCGCAGACUCACUUUUCUUUUUUUUUGCCCGCAGACUCACUUCUUGCUAGACACCAGUGCCUGGACAUCGUCAUUCACUUUUCAAGUUGACGUCAUUUCCGUAUCGUAUUCAGUUUUCAAAUUUGACGCACCAUGCAGAUGUCAGCGGCAAAUCACAUUAGUGUGCGUAAAGGGACGGAGCUACCACCAAUACGGAAAUGCACAGAGUGCUGCAGCCGGUAUCACUGCCCGCUGUGCAAUUCAAACAUUUUUAAACCCACAGACCGAUACCGUGUAAUCAUUCAUUUAAAGGCUCACCUUGCGAGAUCUGUAAAAUACAAAGGCUAUUGCAUAUACAAGUGCAACCUUGGUUGCAAGCCACAGGCUCACUUUCAUUGUGUUUGUGAAUGUUUUUUUUUCCAUAAGAAUAGGUUAAUCAAUCAUUUAAGUAAAAGCCAUUGUAUACCACCUGGCAAAGAGCUCCAAACAUUACUACCAGGAUAUACACUGACAGGGCUUACCACGAAAGAGGCUGAGACAUCACUCACUGAUGAUGACGAUGGAACAGCGCCUACCAGAAAAGAGGCUGAGACAUCACUCACCAAAGGAGAGGUCAGAAAACCACUUACUGGAGAAAAGGAUGGAACAGCACCAUUGUUAAGCAUAAAAACUCGCAGACGGCAAACAGCAAUUUGCCCCGAAUGCAACAUGUGUAUGAACAAAAAAAAUAUGUUCAAGCACAUAUUACGUAAGCAUUCAGGUGUCCACACUCUGGAUGUCACCUCAAACUCGCACCUGCCAAGCCAGUGCCUGGAUCAUCUAAAUGGGAUAUUUGCUGUGGUUAAAACCAUGCACAGAUCAAGUGUGCCAUUGCAUGUCAAAAAGAUCUGGGGUGACACGCAACAAGUAUACUGUGAGUCACCUCAAUGCCAGUCUAACCAUGAUUUGGCGGUCUCCUUUCAGUGCUCGCAUGUCAGGGCAGUUGACUACUGUUCAUCAACCGCUGAAAGUGAACUCCUAAAAGAAGAUGUUUUGUCAGAGAUGGUUGCAAAGAAAUGGUUUGGAGGAGACAGAAAGGCAGAGUGCCUGAAGCUUCAAAGUCUGGCAACAUCUCAAUCGGUCCCGUUGUCUGUUGAGACCACAGUUGGUGUGCCUACUUUCAAGCAUUAUGUUUCUGUGUUUGAACCGAAUGUUUCUUAUUUAAGAAGAGUGAUGGUGGUGUAUAAUGCUAGAAGAAACUCUUGGCAUUGCCCUUGCAUUCAAUCCCGACGUUCAUGUCCACAUAAGUACAUUGCUAAGUGGCACCUAUUUCAAAAGUACCCCGAACUCUUCAGAAGCAAAAAGAGCACAGAAACCUGCAUUGAAGUGGACCAGAGUACUCCAGACAAUGAUGAUGACUUGCCUGAUGGUGGUACACACUACCCCCCAAAUGGAACAAUGCUAAAAAACAUGGUUACAUACAUCUAUGAACAGAAGAAGAUCCCAGCCAUUCUUCCAAGAGAGCUUUGCUGUCAAGUCCAUGACGAUGCUUUUCCGAAACUGCUGGUUCCAGAUGAGAUGUUCUGUACCUUCUGUCAUGACAUUACCCCACUCUCUGACCCAAUUCUUAUCACCUCAAAAGCCAAAAUUGUUACAAUGAAUGGCGUAGUAGAAGACGUAUCUACAUUCUGCAAGAUGUGCAUCAAGUGUGGUGCCAUGUACCGAUAUCAAGAAUUUAAAGAUCAACUACACAACUUCAAUGACCAUAUUCUGAUAAGUCUUAAUUUGUGUCUCUUUUUGAGGAGUUCACUUCAGGCCCAUUCUGCAGUGAGUCGAGUUAUUGACAGUCUCGAGAAUCUUAACGAUGUGAAGUAUCCUUCGUCAGACACAUGUCUUCAUGCAUACCUACAUUUUGAGGCCCUCUGUGACAACACAUACAACUUCUCGUGUGCUUCAUGUGGCGACCAUCCACCUGUUGUUAUUAUGGAUCUACACAAGAAAGGAGAUUUUUCCAUGGCUGCGAGUGACAUUGAAGACACACCGAAGGAUUUCAAAGGAAUGGUAAACAUUGAGGCAUUUUGGAACACAGUGUCCCUGGAGAUGAUUGGACGGGGAUUUGUGUCAAGUGAUAAUCAGAAUCCAUUCAAGGUACUGCCCUCCUACCAUUUCUGGGCUCCUUGGAUUGGGCACAAAACAAGGUCCUCCAAUGUGGUGCUCAACACAGAAUUUGAAAAGAUUAAGGCUGCUAAGGUGUCUGAAGAGUCCCAAGUCUACCAUGUUACAGAAGAUAGACUGAUGGAGGAGCUCAUGAACCAAAAGGUUGAUGUUGUUCGUAAACUGUGCAAUGAAUGUGGUCUUGACACAGUUGGAUCAAAACUGGACCUCAUUUUACGCUUGCGUAGUGAAAUGCAAACAAAGCACAGCUACGACAAGAUUUUCCAGAAAAUAUGGGGUGCAUCAGGUGGUUGGUGUGCCAUAAUGUGUCCUUGUGGUGUUGUAUACAGCCUAAAAUUCCUGAUUCGAGCUGAGAGCCCACGAGACUUUGCAGAUUUACUUCUGUCAUGGAAACAUCUUCCUAAUAUAUGUAUUUAUGAUUUUGCCAGAGGUUUGGUUGCACAUACAAAUGUGACUAGGGCCCCAGACAUUGUUCCCUUUCAGCCUUUUGAGGGAAGAUUGCUUGAGCCAACUACGGAAAACAUCUCCAUGGCCAGAGAGGGCAAGAUAUUAUGCCAUCUGCCAUGGCUCAGUGAAAAGAAAGAAACACCAGAUGAAAAUGGUCACCCUGUUACUGGAUCUGCUGACCAUUUUGUGUUGUACAACACGUUUCAUGAGUCCAACACCAAAGACCCAAGGGACAUCUUGAGGAAGGUUUCUCUGGUGCCUGAGCUUGCUGGGAAGAUAAAUAGCCAAGUUGUGGAACAAUUUUUUUCGCAAAUGAGGGAAAACGAUUAUUUCCUGAAUAAUGCAGCACCAGCAACAAAUAUAUUUCUUUUGAGAAGCAUUGUACACCACCGCAAUCAAAGGACUAACAAUGAAUUCAUCAAAAGAGCCAGAAAGACAUUUGUGACUGACACUGAAUUCAAUGACUAUGGCCAGUAGGGCUGUCAACGAAUAUUCUAAAUUCGAAUAUAGGAAUGAGUUAUGGUGUGCACAGUGUGCAAUAGUUUAUUUCGAACCGUUCAUGUUUUUAUAUUCUGAUAUUACUAAUUUGAGUAAAUUCCAAUAAAUAUUGCAAAACCA